GACUACAGCAACGCUCUGGCAACGCUCACCGUGAGUUCCAAAACAGUCAACGAGGAUCAGAUUUUCUCUUUGAUACACUUUGUCCCUCCAAUUGGAAAUUCGUGGAUGAUAUAGAAAUGACUUCGACCUCUAACCCCGCACCAGCGACGACAUGUAUCUAUGGUAUCCCUGAAGAGCAAAAUGGAGCUCGUUCUUCCUAUCGUGCACGCAUUAAGAGGACAGCAAUCAUUCAACUGAUUGGAGGAUGUUUACUGGUUGCCUUGGGGAUAGUAGCCAUCAUCCUUAUGGCUUUUUGGUCCUACUUUGCUACAGCCAUCUGGAGCGGAAUACUGAUAUUCGGAGUGACAGGAGUGAUCGGCAUAUUGGCAGGGAACAAAGGGAACAAGUGUUUGAUUCGUGCCUACCUGGUAAUGUCUAUCUUAGGUUGCGUCAUGGGAUUCGCUCUCUUUGAGAUGCAUAUCUUCGCCGCCAUUUGGGAAGGCAAGGGACGUUGGGACUAUAACUACUACUGGGGAUGCCAGCCCGGAGACUAUUACUCGUUUAUUCCAAACUGCGCUAAAUCAGAGGCCGCAAGAGUUACAUUUGAUGCGCUGAUUACGACUACCGGGUUCUUCCUUUUCGUGACGUGUAUCGUCUCGGCGUCGUUUGGAUGUUGCGCUUUCAAGGGUUGCGAGAGUUGCUGUAAGAAAUGUUGCUGCAAUGGUAGCGGCUGCAGCACUCCAGCUCCUCAACCCAUCACGGCCAUCUUUCAGCCGCAAGGACCUACCAAUACUACACCGGGGCAUCAGCAAGUUCAUGUUCAAGCUGGAAUGUACAUCGUACAGCAAGGACCAGCUCCCGUCAUGCAGUACCCACAAGUUGCUAUGCCAAUGCCUGCAACCACCAAUCAGGGCCAAGCGCCUUACUACGUGGUGCAUCCAGCCACUCAGGCCCCGCCCCCACCACAGUCGAUCCCCAAUCACACGCAUGCUCAACAGCCCAACCCUGUUGCUCCGCCCACUUACUACGUCGCCGGUCAAUUCCCCCCUGUUGAGGUACCUGAGAGUAAGGAAUAACGAAUGCAGCCCCUCCCUCCUCCGUUGC